AUGUCCGAAAUCCGCUUGGACAACACACCACAAGUUCGACUCUUUUCGUUGUCACACGUCACCUCAGAAUAUGCAGAAGCUGAUGCAACAAAGCAGGGUUGGGACCCGUCACUGGGCCCAACUUGGCAAUUGAGAAACGCUCAACAGGAGUCUCCCAGUAUCAGCGAUGACUUAAACACAGCGAGUGACUUUGGACUGGUGUUGCAAGACGGCCAGGGACAGGGUCAAGCCACGCCACCAAUCAGUUUUGCCUGGCCCAAGCCCGUGACAUAUCGCCGGAUCACCCAAAAUCCCACGAAGAUAUGCGAGUGGCAGCAGCAGCAGCAGGCCAAUAAGGCGAAGCUGGAUGCAACGUUGGCCAAGUUCAAGAAUAUGAAGUUCCCAAGUCACUGGAAGCCGCUGAAAAAGUCCGUGCAGAACGGUUUCGGAAGCUCCGGGUCCAACAGCUUCGACUUGCAGACCUUUGGGCAGGGCCAAUUCCCCCAGGCGCGAAAGGUGGUGAAGCAGCACCCGAAUAGCAUGCCUUGUGGCAUCAUUUGCCAGCUUCAUUAUGAUGGUGGUGGUUCCGUGCAAUACCACGACGCUUCCGGAGCUUCGGUGUGUCUGCCAUUCUUGCAGUGUGCGAAGCUGCGGAUUGGUCAGCAGGUGGCGUUUGCAGUGAGCCAAAGAGGAGAAGUCAUUGAUAUUGAGGUGUGUGGAGGACAGCAAGAGAAUUCCAACAAAAACGCUGGAUGUGACCCCCUUGCGCUGGAGAUUUCAGAUUGGAUACCUUCGGUGCUGCCCACCACAAAGGUUUCGAGAGAGCUGCAAACUCGAAGACUUCAGCGCAGCAUUGGCAAAUUUAACAAUGCCACUCCGGACGAAAGGAUGGAGAUGCUGACCCAAGCAGAAAGGUUGUUAGAAAGCUUGUUGAAUGAAGCUACUUUGGAUGGGAAUGCCAUUUGCAGAUUGGUGUGUCGUUGUGUUGGAUGGCUUCAUCCUGAAAAAAAUGCUCAAGCUUCAGUUGAAUCAAAAUGUGUCGCUGAUGCGGUUGCUGGGGUGUCUCAAUCCACCAACUUGCAGUGUCGUGUCAGGCGUUUGUUGAUCUUGGCUUUGAGUUCCUUGGAUUUGAGCGACAUUACUACCUACCAGGCAGUUGAAACAGCGGUGGCAUACAUCGCCCAACUGAUGAAGGCGUGCGAUGACAAGGCUUCACGCGCAAGGCAAUGGCAGCGACUGGGGGAGUUGAUAGGUAACUUUGGUGGUGGAGAUUGCGAUGAUUGCGCCAAUCAACCAGGGAGAUCCCAAGACACACCAGGAAGGCCCAAAGUUGGUAUUUUGUGUAGCCAAGAUCCAGGUACUUUUCUUGAGGCCAACCAUGAAACAAAGAUGCUCAAACGGCAGAUCACCGGCGAAGACAGAGCUGGGAUGCUGGAGGGUGCCUAUUACCCAAGUAAAAAGGUGAAGGGUUUAGACUCCGUCUUCAGUUCUGACGAAGCUGUGCGACUGGAAUGCCCCAUGUGCCACGAAAGUAUCAGUAGCAACUGGUACUGGAAGCAUCCCAAAACUGAGGAUGUCUAUGUGUUGGUUCCAUCCAAAGGUCAUUCAGCUUGCAACAGAAAGGUUGGCAAGAGAUGUUACUGGCGGGCAGAUGGCAAGCCGACUUUGUUGGAUAAUUUCCAGCAGUUGGACUUUUGUCCGCACCAUCGUCGGCGUGUGGUCUGUCGAGAUUGUGGAGGUAGCCAGAUUUGUUGCCACCAGAAGCCGUGGUACCAUUGUGCCGUGUGCAAAAUGCGACCACGAAUCAGGAAGAAAAGUGUCAAGCCGCAAAAUGGCAAAGCCAGCUAUGGCGACCAAGCUUCGUUCAGACUGGCCUUUCGCAAAGCCGGAUGGCUUGCGCUGCCGCUUCUUGGUAGAAUGGGCUUGCCGUGGCAAUACUGGGAGAAUCAUGGUAGGAUGUUAAUGGUCAAUGGUCCUCAACAGGUUGCCGUGGCCUUGGUCACCGUGCGUGCCAUGCCGGCCACCAGGAAACGCAAGGGUCGUGCCCUGGUGGUGGGCGGUGGUGUAGCUGGCCUAGCGACUGCCGCACAGCUGGCACGAGAAGGGAUGGAGGUGACGCUGUUUGAGAAGAACAGCGAGGUCGGCGGCCGCUGCCAAUCCAUGCAGUCCACAACGGUCAAGGGCUACCGUUGGGACACUGGUCCUUCAUUGCUUCUGUUGCCGAAGAAGUAUGAGGACGCUUACAAGCGUUUGGGCUCCGAUAUUAAGAAAGAGCUGAAUCUGAAACGUGUGGAUCCACCAUAUCGCGUGACCUUUGGAGAUGAAAGCUUUGUGGACGUGGACUACGACCCAAUGAAGAUGACGGAACAAAUGGAGAAAUUUGAACCUGGUUGUACCAGUAAUUACUACCGUUUUCUUUCGGUGGCUCGAAGAAUGCUGGAUAUGGGAUUAGAACGCUUCGUGGAUCGACAAUUUGAAAGUUGGCCAGAGCUGGUGGAUCCUAUAGGUUUGCUACCUGAGAUGAUCCUGAAAGGAUGGUUUUCCAUACCGCUGGUGAAUAUGCUUUUUUCCAUUGAUGACUUAUUGAAGGCUUGGUUCCAGGAUGAGAGACUCAGAGCGCUUUUUAGCUUCCAGACCCUCUACGUUGGCCUCACCCCUUACAAUUCUCCGGGCGCUUUAUGUUUGCUCGCCGGCACCGACCUUACUGAUGGCGUUUGGUAUCCCAUGGGAGGUUGGAAGGGUGUCAAAGACACCUUGGCGGGACUGGCCCAACAGCACGGGGUUGAGAUUAAGACCAACGUUGCGGUGGAAGAGGUCAUCGUCUCUGGGGGUCGAGCAGUGGGCGUGAAGCUCCAGGGAGGUGUUGAAGAGAGGGGAGAUGUGGUGGUGGUCAAUGCUGACACGCCUUAUGCCUACCAGAAGCUGUUGGAACACACUGGCCAGGCCUCGGCCGCGGACGCGCCAUCGGUGGAGUCGACGGCGGAGGACCUGGAUGGCCGGGAGUAUUCCUGCGGCGUCAUCGCCUUUUUUUGGGCCGUGGAUUGCAAAGUGGACUACCUGCGGCACCACACCAUUUUUCUGGGCACUCCCUUCGAGGAAAAGAAGGCCUGGACACCCAUCCUGGAGGCCUCCAAGAUGCCUGAGAGGCCCAAUUUCUAUGUGCACUGUCCCACCAGGACGGACCCUUCAGCAGCUCCCGAAGGAUGUGAAAGCAUCAUGGUGCUCUUUCCGGUGGCGAACAUGCAACAGAUGGCCGAGGCAGGCUUCGUGCCGGGCGAAAAGGGCGAGGUGUACCGCGAGCUGCGUGCGGCGGCCAGGAAGGUGAUCCUGCAACGCUUUAAGGAUGCCGGCUGUGGAGACAUAGAGAAACACAUCGUGGAGGAGACCGUGAGGGAUCCAGAAGUCAUUGGCGAACUCUACAACCUCCACCAUGGUGCCACCUUCGGCCUGUCCCACGGCCUGUUGCCUUGGCAGGGCGGCUUGGCCAUGACGCGGCCGGCGCCGCGCGCACCAGAGGUGGACAAGCUGUACUUCGUCGGCGCCGGCACUCGGCCCGGCAACGGUGUGCCAUUGGUGCUGAUGGGUGCUGGCCUCACCUCCCAACUGAUCCUGGAUGAUUUGAAGAUCUCCAAGGUGCCUUCCUGACGCUGAUGGCGCUGUUGCG